AUGGCCAGCACAACUGUCAUCAACGCAAACGCGACAUCGAAGGUUCAACCUUCUACGGCACCGCCAAUCGAGCCAUUGAAGAACGAUAUGGCACGUCUUUACACGCACAUUCACCCAAUACUCGUCCUCUCGGUCUAUGCCUUGAAGUUUCCUGCAUUGGUCGCGGACCCUGUGCAGACUCUCCUUGUUACGCUUGUGCCGCUCGCAGUUCUGCAGAUUGCGUUCGUAGCGAUAUGCCUACCGCCGACAGGGGGCACGCCCUCCAUAAGGAACAAGAAGCCCGGCGAGAAAAAGGGCAAGGCACCGGCCAAGCUAGACCAAGGGCUCAGCUCAAAGAUCGUCCCGGCAUUCUUGUCCCUCCUCCUUGCCGCAAUCGCGGCAACACCACUUCUUACCGCGACCCUCGUUCUUUUCGGCGCGCCCGUCUCCACACAUCAAUCGCAUACCCUCCUCGCUGGCUCUCACAUUGCGCUGCUCAGCACACUUCCCUUGGUAUACGUACACGGUGUAGACGGCGAGACUUGGAGACAGAUCGUCGCACUUCUUUUGCCGAUUGAUGAAGUCUACGGAGGAUUGAUCGGUACCGUGCUUGGUGCAUGGCUGGGCGCUGUACCCAUCCCAUUGGACUGGGACCGCGAAUGGCAGAAAUGGCCCGUCACCAUCGUUACCGGCGCGUACAUCGGGUAUGCAGUUGGCAAACUGCUCGGAGGCACAUUGUUGAAGGGCAAGAAGAUUAUGUUUGACUAG